AGGAAAUGGUUCACUUUAGCCGGAAACUAAAACUGUCGAGACACGUUUGGGUCCAAAUUCACCCGGGGAGGACGAGCAGCGCAAUUUCUUUUCCCCUAAAACGUCUCCACGCAGCUCAGACUUGUUCUUCGUCAUGGCUGACACGCUGAGGAUUGUCCUGCUGGGGAAAACUGGAUGUGGGAAGAGCAGCCUGGCCAACACCAUCUUGGGGAAGGACGUCUUCGAAGUGAAGAACUUCACCAGCUCAGCGGUCACUCACUGCCAGUCAGAGACCCAACGAGUUCACGGCAGGAGCCUCACUGUGGUCGACACGCCCGGCUUCUUUCACUCUGGACUGUCUGAGAAGGAGCAGAAGCGUGAGAUAGAGAGGUGUACCUCAGCGUGCGCUCCUGGGCCCCAUGCCUUUCUCAUCGUGCUCAAAGUGGAGAAAUUCACAGAGCAGGAGAGACAGGUCGUCAGAAUCGUACAGGAAUGUUUCUCUGCGGAGGCCUUUAAGUAUUCCGCUGUUGUUUUCACACAUGGCGACCAGUUGGUGGAAGGCACGAAGAUAGAGGAGUUUAUUAGAAAGAACCAGCAGCUGAAAGAUCUGGUGGAGAAGUGUGGAGGGAGAUGCCACGUCGUGGAUAACAAAUACUGGAAAAACAAACAGGACGAGGUCAGAAACAACCAGUUCCAGGUGGAGCAGCUGCUCAACGCCGUCGGGAAAAUGGUGACGGAAAACCAUGGCGGCUGCUACAGCACAAAAAUGCUGCAAGACUGGCAGAAACAGAACCAGCAACCCGUAGUCCACCGUUUACUUCAGACUGUAAUCAAAUAUAUAAGACCGAAGCCUUUGUUAAUUUUCAGUGUGAUAAUUUUAGGUAUAAUUACAUGGAAAAGAUGGGGAGGACAUCCUACAGAAAUCAAUUAGGACCAGAUAAUUGAGUUGGACUGAUUACAGAAUCUCUACCGGUGGUCUGAAACUGACAGCAGCUCCAUCAUGAUUUGCUGCUCUGAAUGUUUCUCUAAGAGUAAAAAUCAACAUCUUUAGUCCCACUGACAUUGUUAUCCUAUUUCUGACCUAAUAUCCGCAAUAUUACGGAUUUUAUAAUCCGUAAUUUAGCAUAAUUUUGAUUUAAACUCUGUUGUUAGUUAAGCUUUUUCCCUUCUCAUGAACAGUAGUUCCUGUUAGACUUUAGCAUCACUCUGUCACGUUUCUCUGUAAUUUUUUGUUGGUUUUUUCCUGCUUUAUGCUUUUCUCCAGCUGUUGCAUUCGCUUGUAGCAAAACCAAGGACAAGCAAAUGCCAGAUGUAGUUCAGUCAAAUAUCAUUUCAUAUGUAAAAUUAUUGCCAAAUCAAAUUGUAUGUUUGUUUCGGCCUCAACAUGUCAGAGACUGUUGGACGCAACAAUAAUAAAGUUGUUGCUUUCGAAACAGAAAUCUGUCAUCUGUGGUUCUUGCACUGAAUUAAACAUCAAUGAUAAUUCUUACUAAACUCUUAGCAACAAACAGAUCCUCUUUGUCUCCGAUUGGUUUAAAAGUGGAAAUAUCUCGCCCAAUCACUGGAGCCUUAGACAAAACAAUAACCUGCCUUUGUACUGAUAUUGUGCAAGAUGAUGGUGUCUACAAUAAAAGUGCACUAUGUGACAAAA